GGCCUUUGUUUUUUCCGCCUUUGCUUAGUUGGCGUCGACUCGGGCACAGACUGACAGCCGAAGCAGAAUAGUGGACACACACAGAAAAAUUAGGGUUUCACAGAAACCGCCGACGAGGGUCUCGUCUCUCAACGAUUCUCUAUUCCCUUCGAUUCCUUAAUAUAGCUGUUUGUUCGUUAAUUUGAGAAAACAGAAGAGAAUUUCAAUAUGGAGGACUGGGAAGAAGAUGCGAAAAUUCCAUCCCUCCUUUCUAAGGAGCCAGCAGUAAAAGGUAACUGGGAUGAUGAAGAUGCGGAUGAGAAUGACGUGAAGGACUCAUGGGAGGAUGAUGAUGAACCUGCUCCUCCGGAACCUGCACCAAAGGCUCCUGCUGAAAAGGCUCCCAAGAAACCUGCAACAAAGGCUGCAGAAAAGAAAGGAAAAGCUGUUGAAGUACAAAAGGAAGAGCCACUAGAUCCCCUGGCUGAGAAACUUCGCCAACAAAGACUGGUGGAAGAAGCAGAUUAUAAGGCCACUAAAGAACUGUUUUCUACUAGAGAUGAGAAGAACAUUGAUAAUUUCAUUCCCAAAUCCGAAAGUGACUUCCUGGAAUAUGCCGAACUUAUUUCACAUAAACUUCGUCCAUUUGAGAAAAGUUUUCAUUAUAUCGGUCUACUUAAGGCAGUAAUGAGACUGUCAAUGACUUCUUUGAAAGGAGCUGAUGCAAAAGAUGUUGCUUCUUCAAUUACGGCAAUUGCAAAUGAGAAGAUAAAAGCUGAGAAGGAAGCCAAUGCUGGUAAAAAGAAGACAGGUGCCAAGAAAAAGCAGCUUCAUGUUGAUAAGCCGGAUGAUGAUAUAGCUGUUGAUGGCUAUGAUCCCCUUGAUGACUAUGACUUUAUGUGAGUGUUUUGUUGUAGCAAGGUUUUAUCCGUACAGGGACCUAUAUUUGAAGUAGGGAUCCGACGAAAAGAAAAAAUCAUUGGAGUUGGGAUUAAAUUCCUUCGGCGGCCCCCUCAGCAGAGAUUGAUUGAUGAUGAUAUGAGUGUUUAUUUAUUUUGUCAAAUAAGAGUGUCAAAUUCCUUUUCUUUUGUGAUGGUCAAUUUUGUUACUAGUUACGGGCUUACUUUGACUGCGCAUACUCGAAGCUCAUGCACCGAGUCUUAUAAUAUAUGGCUAAAGUUCUCUGGAGAGAUCACUCUUAUUAUCCUUUGCUCCCAUAAAUUUCAUUUAUUCUUGGUUAUA